AAAGGAAAAAUGGAAUAGAAUCCAUGGAGAAUUUUAUGUAACGAAGAAUAAAUGCUUUUAUGAAUAAUAAAUAUUCGCUAUGGAAAAAAAAAGAGAAAAAGAAAAAAGGGUCGUUGACUCUCAAUUAAAAGUUUUUAUUCCUUUUCGCAUGUAAAUUUGCGCGCGCGAUUUCUAACCUAUACGUUAACGAGCGAACGAACGAACGAACGACGAACGAACGAACGACGAACGAACGACGAACGAACGAACGAACGAACGAACGAAUUUUUCCCGCGCAAUAAUACUCACGUAUAUAUUCCCGCCAAUUAAUCCUUAUAUAAUCCUUUCAUAUAUGCAUUAGUUAUCACAGAUUACAAAACGAUUAGAAGCGAAAACGUAUUUCCACGUUCGAUAAUUAACACCGAAAGUUUUGCCCACUUGGCGUGUUGUAAUGUAAUGCACCUGUUCUUUCGCCGCCAAAAUUUUACAACGAUAAUAUCGAAGUGCAUCAAUCGAAAUUAGAAGUCAGGGCGAUAGUAUUUCGAUUUGGCCUAUUGGCCAAUCAGCGUCGUGGUUUGGCACAACCAUCGAAAUAUCUCGAAGUGUUUCGAGCAAUCGGCUCUCGCGCUUCUCGUAAUUCUCAAGCAAGCUGUAGUUUGGGUCGAUUGAAAAAAAGAUAGAGCGAGAAUAUUCCGCCAAAAAUGAAUUCCGGCAUGGUGGAGCACACGAGACUCGGUCAGAAGGAUAUCAAGAAUUCCGAGGAAUUUUCGCCGCCAGAGAGGUAAGUCGGUUUAUUAACUUUUUCUAUUUUUUUUGUUAUUAAAUAAUUCGAUUGUAUUAUUAGUUGAACCGUUUGAAAAUCGAGAAAUCAACGUUCCUCACGGCGUACCCUUAUUUUCCUUACCUGUUGCUUUUAAGGGGGAGGGGUAUACAGGUGUACGCCCGCACUGGCGCGUACCAAGUAAGGUUAAAAGCCUUUGCUUUUCACAUCUUUAUUCCCCUCCGAAUAGCAUGGGAUUUCGUUAUAAAGAAUCGUUGAUAAUUCAAUUCUUCGUUCCUUCGUGAAAAGUGUGACCGUCCUCCUCUAUAUUUUACGUUUAAAUUCGAUUAUCGGAUUACGUACGUGUACUAUGUAUCUUUUUGAAAAAUGCAUUUACUUUUAUCUCACGCAUUAAAUUAUCUUAUUUAUUCGUUCGAUAAGAUACUCGAUUUCCCCCCUUUGGAUUGUUCAUAUUCUAUUCUCUUCAACGUAUCCCGCUACGUACUGUGAUAUUUUCUUGAUGUAUCUCUAACUUAUACGUUCCUAUAAAUCGCGCUUGCGAAUAUCAAAGUUAUUGACAUUUUUUUUGUCUUCUAUUGUUGUCUUAACUCAUUGUGUCAGGAUAUAGUCAGGAUAUCGGUCAUACCUCUAAGAGAUUCGCUAAAGUUUUGUAUAAGUAGAUAUUAGGAGUAUCUCUGAAAAUUUUCAUUUCUCAUACAUUGGAGUUUCCCAUUUAACCUUUUUUCCUUCUCCUUUCUAAACAACCUAUCGUCAUUUUCAAGUGAAAAUCUAAGAGCUUAAGAUGAGCCAACAAACAUACUCUUCACCAUGGUGGAGCAGUAAACGAGUACGUAUGGAUGAUGGCUGUAAUAACUUAAAUAGUACAUUUAAUAGCACAUCUAAGAAUAAUACAAGAUGGUCUUACAAUGCUGAUAGUAGUCUUGUUGAGCCAGAAAUAUUAGAAGAUAUGGGAGUUAGUAUGCUAGAGGAUGAAGCAAUAAACUGUGAUAACGUUAACAAAGUACAAUCUCCGGAUUGUACUGUUUCUCUAACUAAUGCGGAUAAUAAUAAACGGUUACCAUUAAAUGAUAAUGGGAUUUACGAUUCGGAACAAAAAUCUCUGUACAGAGGUACCACUUUUGAAAGUGUCACUAUCGAAAGGCUAGAACAGGAUCCAUAUGAUACAGACAAUCCAUGCAAUUAUGGACAUACGAAUGAAUCUGGUUAUGGUUCAAGGGUGGAGGUUGAAGUAUUUGGGGAUAUUAAAGAUGAUUAUGGUAAAGAAAAAUUAAAUGCUUCAUCAAAUAAGGAUAGUUUAGAUCAUUUUUACUUGUAUAGAAGGAAAAGAAAAUUGUCACAUGAAGGAGAGGACGAAUUCAACAAACUAUCUGAUGAAAUGAUUUUAAUGAUAUUCAGAUGGUUACCUAAGAGAUGCUUAGUACGUUGCAUGUUAGUAUGUAAAAGAUGGUGUCAAAUAGCACGAGACGAGGCAUUAUGGAGUAGACUGGAUUUAGGUAGUAAAGUAUUAAAUGAAGGAACAUUGGAACAUAUAUUGCCACGUGGUGUUCAAAUCCUAAGGCUUGCCCAGGCUGAAAUUGCAGAUCCAAUAUUUAAAGACAGCACUGAAGUUUUAAAUAGUAAUUAUGUCUGUAAGCUACAAUAUUUGGAUCUUUCUAUGGCAGUAAUAUCAGCUGAUGGUUUAGCAAAUUUAUUGUCUAAAUGCAAAUAUUUAAAAAAAUUAUCAUUGGAAAGUUGUAUCUUGAAUAUGGCAUGCUGUAAUGCGAUAAGUUUGAAUAUUGACAUGACCGUGUUGAAUUUAUCUAUGUGCGAAGGACUAGAUCUUGAAUGUGUUACAGAUUUAAUUAAACUCAGAAGCUUAACUGCUCUCAAUGUGGCAUGGUGUUCAUUGGAUGCAGAGUCUGUCUCUCUGUUGUGUAAAUCACUUCCGCCUUCCCUUACACGGUUGAAUAUAUCCGGAUGCCGAAAAACUAUGACAGACGAUAAUAUCAAAGAUUUGGUCAAAUCUUGUCCAGAGAUUGUAGAAUUAGAUUUAAGCGAUUGUACGCUGCUUACCAUGAAUACAGUUCCUAAUCUUUUGAAUUUUUCUAAAUUGGAACACUUGUCAUUAAGUCGUUGUUAUAGUAUACCACCGUCAACUUAUAUCAGAUUAGCUUAUAUGCCAUGCCUAAUGUAUUUGGAUGUGUUUGGCUUGAUGUCAGAACCAAUGUUAAAAUCUGUACAAUCUAAUUGUGGGGAAACUGAAAUUAAUAAGUUCCUAUAUAGUUCUGUCGCAAGACCAACGGUUGGCGUUCGAAGAACAAGUAUUUGGGGUCUUAGAGUUCGAGACUGAAAUUAAUAAAACGGUGAUACAAUUAUAUAAUUCUAGCAAAAAGUCAAUGUUACAAAUAACAUAUGAUGAAGUCAAUAUGAAAUUGUAUAGAAGGUUUUAUUUUUAUAGUAAUACUGGCCUUCAUUGUGAGACUGAUCAUAUUAUUUAAUAAAAAAAAAAAAACAAAAAAAAAAUCAUUAAUAUGAUAACACGCUUAUACCUCUAUUUGGAUCAUUAACUGUGCCUAAUUCAGAUCUUUUUUCAAGGCGAACUACAUCUUUGGUAGUAUUACUAAAAUUAGAUGAUAUAUAUUUUGCAUAAUAGGGGAUGCUGUAUAUAACAAUUCAUGAUUUACUGUAUGCUCAUAUAUAUAUGUUUAUAUAUAAAUAUGCGGCAUACACGUGUUCAUCAAGUGUGAUUGUAUUUAACUAAUAAUUGUUGUAUUGUAUGGUAUGCAUUGUAAAAGAAUAAAAGAUUUAUGUAAUUUUAAA